AGCUCUGAGCUACUUUGCCCUUUUGCAUUUAUCAGUUUACUUUAAUAAUGCUGUCUUCUACGUGGACCUUUAUCAAACGUCAUAAGAGGAAAUUUAUUUUCGCUGGAGCCUUCGUUGGAGGUGUGUACCUGCUUGGAAAGUAUGCUCAAAGAAAAAUACAGAAGAUGCAGGAGCGUGAAGCGGCUGAGUACAUUGCUCAGGCUAGGCGGCAGUUUCACUUUGAGAGUAACCAGAGGACGUGUAACAUGACAGUGUUGUCUAUGCUCCCUACCCUAAGAGAGGCAAUUGUACACCACCUGAAUUCAGAAAGCCUCACAGCGCUGCUAAAGUCCAGGCCAGCCAACAAGCUCGAGAUUUGGGAGGAUCUUAAAAUUAUCAGUUUUACACGAAGCAUUGUGGCUGUAUAUAGUACUUGCAUGCUGGUGGUGUUGCUUCGUGUUCAGCUCAACAUUAUUGGUGGCUACCUGUACCUGGACAACUCUGUGACUAAGAAUAGAACGGCACCUUUGGCACCUCCUGAAGUCCAGCAGCAGUAUCUGUCAAGUAUAAAACACCUUCUAGGAGUUGGCCUUAUUGAGCUGAUCUCUGUGGUAAAGAAGGCUGUCUUUGAAAUCCUUGGACCGAUCUCUUUGAAGCAGAGUCUGUCCUUGCAGGAUCUGGAGCAGCAGUUGAGUCAGAUCAGACAGCUAGUGGAGAACACGGGCUCAUCCAAACACAGACCUUUGUCCUGGUACAUGAUUUCUGAUGAGGAGAGCACAUUGGCUGAUCAAGUAAAUGAAACCGCUUCUGUGGCUUGUGGUCUCACAGAGAAUGACAUCACAACAAUAAAACUGUUAAAUGAAACCCGAGACAUGCUAGAUAACCCAGAUUUCAAUACUGUACUCAACACUUGCCUGAAUCGAGGCUUUAGUCGUUUUCUUGAUAACGUGGCAGACUUUUUCAGCCCUCCCAAGGCAGAUUGCACACCAUGCAGCUCACCUGAAAGUCUCUCAAAUGUCAGUCUUCCACUGGCCAAAAUAAUUCCUAUUGCCAAUGGACAGAUUCACUCAAUAUGCAGUGAAAUCCCCAGUCAGUUUGUUCAGGAUCUGUUGAUGAUAGACCAGGUGAAGGAGUUUGCUGCCAAUGUUUAUGAAGCAUUUAGCAGCCCACAUGAACUGCAAAAGUAAAUUUGAAAAGUUCUGUGAACUUGUGUUGGAUCUCAGUGACUAUAGAAUUUUUUUAAAGGACGAUGCAGCGAAACAUUCCCUUCCUCACUCGUACUCUGGGGGAAAAUUCACGAGGAACAUACAUUUGGUAGAAUGUGGUCUCAUUAAUAUCUUAUGAUGGAUUUUAAAUUAAAAGCUUAAUUUUCAGGUGUACAAAACUGUAUUUGAUGACCCAGAAUUUUUUUUAUAGCUGGGACUUUUUCACAGCUGUGUUUUUACUGUUGCAGUUGAGUCCUUAAGAUGAGAUGCACUACAUUUUUGUAAUUGUCCAUAUCCCAGCUGUUUAGUUUUAGAAAACAAAAUAGUUAAGAAAAACAAGUUAAAAAACUACACAAAAGAAGGUUUUGCCAUUUAUAAAAUUAUGAACUAA